AUGGGUAUAAUAGCAGUUUACAUAGAGCCUGAGAGUAUCGCCCCCACUGUUGAUGGUGAAGUUCGCAUUACGAUCGAGGCUGCCCGCUUCCUUCGGAAGAACUACUUAUACAGGGUUCGCGCGGUAACGUCCAAGCUUGCGUCUAGUUUCACAGAUGGACGGUGGUCACCUACGCUGAGUCAAAGCGCUGAUCCGUUGUCGAGUCACCUCGAAGUCCCCCCGGAUGGAGAGGUUGUCAUCACAUUCAAUUCAGCUGUAGAUAUAGGGAACCUAAAUGACGAGAGACUUCAUGCCCGAUUGAUCGCUGUCGCACAUUACCGUCCGGGAGGCGGGACCAAGGAGGACGAGUACUACUAUGUGGACUACGAUGCAAGAAAGUGUCUGGACGCCGAGGUUGAUAGCCUGGUCUCGAAAGGGCCCGAUGUGUCCCCUUUCACCGCAGGCGACCAGGAUCGCCAGCGCGACGAAGUUGUAGGAUGCGCCGUUUUAUCUUUCACGAGAGACCAGCUGCGCUCUGGCCAAGAGUAUGAACUCCUCAUAAAGAAAAAGAUCAGAUAUAAUAAGAUGAGCGGCCCUACAGGCCAACGGAAACCGGUGGAGUCCCCGUCGCCUCACGUCACAGCUGAUCGAACAGAGUAUUUGCAGGCUGCUACCCUGGCUUCGAGUUCUACUUCGGUUUUCUCCCGUUUCCUCUUGUCAGUGGGCGAAGUCCCGAAUGACGAGGAUCCAGAUUCUCAGGAAUCCACUGAAGAGAACCUGGAAGAGGAAGACAGCGACGGCGACGACAGGUAUCACGGCCCAGACGGAGGCGAAGACGGAGGAGCGGAUCAGGCCGUGUCAUCGAACCGCCCAGAAAGCAGUGGGUUUGUGUAUUCCGAAACAACUUUGAAUCUCCGUCAGUUUGAGAAGCUCGGGGGAGGAUCAGUGGGACUUCAGCUGACAGGUCUUCGUCCCUUCAAGUUUUUCGGCACGGGAAACUCCAGUUUCCGCAGCAUGCCAACGGUCCGGUAUCGGCGCCUCACCUUGUUGCUCCCUCAUGGCUUGAACGGCUGCCAACCAAAGAAGCACUUGUGGCCGAGAACUUGCUGGUCGUCGUGGACUAGCGUCGAUGCACGGUCGGCAAAGGCCGUCGAACGCCUGGCAGGCCAGAUUGAUCUACGUGUCGAAGGCUCGAACCAGACUGUCAACUUCACUUUGCACUUGAGAGAUAGUAUCACGGCUGUGCUAACAAGUCGCGACCUCCGUCCAGGGGUGAAUUACGUCUUGUCGGUCGGAGGAAGUGUUAUGGUGAGGGACAAAUUUAACCAGCCCCUUCAACCGUCCGUGCUCGCUUUCCGCAUGGACAGGCUUCAGAACUCUGCUCGGUUGGUUUUGCCUAGGGAUCCACGUGUCUGGUUAAUCGAAGAUUCGUACCUCCGGCACCAGUUGCAAGAACGAGCUACGGUCCACUUGGGGACUGCUGUACAAUUCACUGGCAGCGGGCGUUCCACCGGCGUUUCGUCUUCAAAUGAAGAUAUGGAAGUGCGACAAGUCAUCAGCAACGACUUCGGAGAAUGUCUGCGAAGCCGCCCAGAGGCAUGUUUGGCCACGCUUUUCGAUAACUUCACAACCGCUCGCGAAAACUAUCACGGCCGAAGUGUUAAAGAAGUGACUCCGUCCCAGACCUUUCCCCAUCCAAACCUCGUCUACUCAUUUAAAAAUGGAGCCUCCUCGAUGUCGGGAUCAUUUAAAGCCGCUACGCCUCAGCCUUUUCUUUUUCAUGGAUUCACUACUACCUCGCUUUUCCUUAUCACUGUCAAGAGCAAGGACCCGGUUCAACUCUACACUUCGACUUCGCAUUUUCUGUGGGGUGUCUCGCGUUUCCUCGUGCGUGUCGCCCCCACAGUCAGGCAUGAGGCAGAGAAAGCUCCUGCCUUGCUUGUGCAGGCGCUUGAUCUUGAAACGGCGUAUCCUCUGACUCGCUCGAUGAUUUCUGUGUACGGAAAGCCGCGGGGUGGAAGCGUAGUUUUGUUAGGCGACGGCAUGACGGACGUGCGGGGCUUCGCGCUGGUUCCGGUUGAGAACCCAGCAGCAACAAUGAAGCUGAUCUUGGUUGUGGUACCUGCUGGACAGGUCGCGCCGUACGUGAGCGAGAUCUUCGACGUGCCUUCUGUGUGGUUCGCCCCGAACACCGCUGGCUCGGCAGCCAGACCGUCCUGGGACGUGCCUCGCUCGAGACUGCGCCUGCGUAAUGGGGAAAUCAUUUACAGGAAGGAUCUAUCUUUCGUCUUACUCAGUGACCGCAGUACAUAUCGUCCUGGAGAAUCCAUCCUGCUGUCUGGUUUCCAAUUCCUCAGGGUUGAGUCGUGGGACAGCGGUUCUAGGGCAACGACCCUCAUUCACGACGCUUUUGGCUUGGAUCCAGGAGACUUGAAAAUCUGGCUGCAAGUGACCUGGCAGACUCCAGAAGGACGCGGAGGAACGCCUAACGGCGUUCCUCCGCGAGGGAGCAGCAGAGACAAUCCCAUUGAAGAGCGAGCCUCUGCAGACAGGGUCAUGAGGGAUUCACGUGGUGCGGUAUCUUCGACAAACAGAGGUUCGGCCGGAGACGCGGAAGAGUGCUCAAACGUUGUAGUUACGCUUGAUGAAUUCGGAAGCUUUGUUGCUACCGUGAACGUCCCCACUAAAGCUGAGCAUGGCCUGCGAGCUGUGAUUGAUGUCGGCAUCUUCGAGCGGGGAGGGCUGCCCGAAGAAAAUGCUAUCAUGGCUGGUGCAUGCAUGCUUCACCCUGAAAGUCUCGUGCAAACGGAGAACAUCGUUCAGCCCACAGUCCUCUCCAGACCAAAUAUUGUGAUCUUCGCACCAAGGCGCACAGCAGUGUUUCUCACUGAGGUCAACGUUCCACCCUUUGUUCGUCACGAUGGCCAACUUCUUGUGAAAGGUGUGGUGAAAACCCACGACGGGCUUCACCUGAACGGUCAGCAAGUUCGCCUCCGCUUCAUUUUCGACGUGCCGGCUUUCCUACUUACGCGGUUUGGGCGCAACUCAGAGGACUGCUUGGUUGUUUCGUUUGCCCUCCCCUAUCUAGAGCCGCUGCCUCUUAUGCAGCUCGAUCUCAGCGAAAACGGGCUUUAUCCUUCUACUGCAGUUGCACAAAAUCCGCUGGCCCUAAAGUACGGACCCUUCGUCGUUCAACAGGAGAUCAAAGUGGUCGUAUCUCAUCCCGUCCGGGAGCUUCACGUUCCCGCAGGCGCUGUUGACUUGCGCAUCAUCGAUUCACGGGGCUUACCACGUAAGACGUUUGACGGAAAAGAGCGUGUCACAGUGCAGGUCACUGUCCACAAGAGCAGGCUGGGCCUCGACGGGCUGUUGAAAGUCCGUGGGUGGCAACGGAAUGUCACUUCCAGCAGUGAUCAACGCGACGGCACCUCAGUGCAAUCGGCGAGGCCAAUCUCGGCCUCGAGUUUCUCGACGCCAACUUCGGCCUCGGCUUUCUUGACGUUUCCCUCAGUGCCAAGCAACACUUCUGUCAAUCCGUCCGAUAGCGAGGAAACAGGGGACGGAAGCAUGUUCCUGGACGACUUGCCGCUUAGUGUCAAAGGCCAGGUUUUGCUGACCAUGGUCGACAAACGAUUCCUCGAUAGUGCUUCUGCACCAGUUUUCCCGCUGGCAGAUCAACUGGACAAGAGAGCGGCUGCCGGGCCACACCAUGGGGUUGGAACUACGGUGUUGAAGUGGAGCUCCUCUCUGGAUCAGGUCUGCAGCUAUGAGGGUUUCCGUUUCAUUAAUGAGGUGAAGCAGCGAAGACUAGCCACUGACCCGUGGUUUGACGAUUUGCCGUGGCCUCUGUUGCCAAGGAUGUUCUACAACUCCACGUACAGUAACGAAUAUCUGGACGACACUGCAGUAUACGAAAAGUAUGCGUGGCCGCUCACCGGACAAUUUCCUCCCAAGCACGCCUCUAGCCUGAAAAAAGUGCGUGUGAGUCAACGGGGAUUGUUCAUGGCGGAAUGGGGACAGGUGUUGAGACCGGAUCCGGCGGAGGCGGCAGGCAAUGACGGCGUGUGGGAUGUAACACCAAAAGCAUCGGGUGAACCCCCCAAUGGAGAGGAACAAGAAGACCUAGAUAUUCUGGAGGACGUACGCCCAUUUCACGGAGAAGAUCAUGAUGCAGACUACGAACUCCAGUUCCUUCCUCGAACGCAACCUAUUAUCGGGUGGCGUGCAGUCGAAUUGGUUGACAUCGGACGAGGGAUACUGCGAGGUUCCUUGGAGGUGACACUCCCCAAUGAGGCUACUGCACAUGCUGUGAGAGCUUACACGGUUAUUCGUGUGAGUCCAGCACAGACAUCUUCCUCAACUGAGACCAUUCCUGGCAGAGUCUCCGAUGAAUCACCCAGCGAGACGCACAGUGCUUUCGCUGCAACUGAUACCUCACGACGCGGGAUUUUGGUACAGGACCAGCAGAGCUUUGAAGCCGAAACUAUGGCACGAGAGAGAUAUUCAGGGACAGCACUCAUGGUGGAUUCUCUGGAGAAAGUCUUCCAGAUUCGGAAGUCUGUGGCCGUUCGCGCGUAUGCCCCUUCAACUAUACGACGGGAGGACGUGGCCCUAGUGGGCGUCACACUGGAUGCGGGCCCGAACCUGAUAGGGAAGGGCGCGAUUGUGAAGCUCGUUUCAACUUCGCUGUUGACACCUUUGACGUCGCUGACGCCACGGACCCAACGCGUUUAUAUUGAGAGACCGACGCAACAGGUCCUGUUUCACGUGGCUGCAGACCGAGGUUUUGGCACAGCGGAGGCAAUCUUCAGUGUCGGUCUGGGGGCGUCGACCAGCCGACUGUCAUCGCAAAGGGAAUCACUCUCCGACUGGUUCACAUUUCCGUCGCUCCCCUCAAUGGGCACGACUUUCGAAGCAAGCAUGGCAAGAAGUAGCCUGAACGAUAACGGCGCGUGGUCGAAGAGGCGGUUCAGGCGCGUAGUCACUGUGAAGGUCACUAUGGAGGUGUUGCCGAGCUUGCGUCGCAUGACCACAGCAAACUUGUAUCCAGUCGAGGCUCUAAAUAUUUCUCUUGAUGACCCAGCAGUGGAAGCGUUGGGGUACAACACGCGUAUCGGGUUGCCGCUGCCGCGACCCGUGGUGCCUGACAUCGGGACGCUUCGGUUGGCGGCGGGAAUAAGUGGCGUGUCGGCAAUCCUCUUCAGACUACGCGAGCUCAUCCAAACGAGGUUGUUCGUGCCCUACGAAAACCGCAGCAUGGACUGGUUUCAACGGCCAUACAACGGAAGUGACCUUUUGAUCAUUUUAUUUGGCGAGGCAUUGAUGCGGAAGGCUUACGGGUUCCAGGACGCCCAAGUCGCUGUGGCAGCUGAUCGGGCCAGGACCCUUCUCCCGGGGUUCUACUCUGGAGACUCCUCUCGGGGCUUUCUCGCAGCGCCUGCGAAAACAGUCAAGGGUGCAAAUGCACCGCUCAGCGUCAUGCUGACCAUGCUGGCUGUGUUUGUGGCAGACGCAGGUGUAACAUCAUCCCUGAAGUUCCAGAGGAGGAAGUUUGUUGUGGCAGCAAACCGCUACAUUCGAAUGAUGGCUUCCACUUGGAACCAAAAUAAUGAAGGCAUGACGUUGCUACAGUAUAUUGGCCCUGCUCUUAUUGGAACGCUCCGCUUUGUCUUGGGAUCUUCGCAUAGAUUUGGCCUAGAUCUGCAGUCCGAACACGCGCUUUCGACAACGAGCUUGCUGCCACAGACGCAAACAACGCGUGAGGAUAUUUGUGACAAACUUCCGCCGCACAUUCUGUGGGCACUGCUGGUGAUGAAGCGAGAAAACCCAACAGCCGAAACGCACCCGGUAGAGUCCAGCUGCAUCCGAGCCAUGAUUCGGCUCUUUCGGCGACGGGGGCUAAAGGGAUACAUCGCCUUAGGUGUCGACACAGACGAACCAAACACCAACACCGUACACAGCUUGAUGCUUCUCUUAUUGACCUCAAGGCCUCAGUGGACUCAAGAGUACGCGGAGGAAAUACGGGCUAUGAUGAUUUACCUCUAUGGGGGUGGACGGAAACCCCCUAGGGCGUUUAUGGUUCCAGGUCUCUCUCGAUGGUCUCUGGUCUUACUCCUUCUGGCUAUAGAACAGUGGGAUCGUCAGCUGAGGAACGUGACAGAUCAGAAUCUGGUGCUCGAGGUGCAAGCUCGAGAAUCAUCUGAAAUCGAUGGAUAUCCUCUGAUCGACGGCCGCUUUUACUCUCACCACCGGGGUCCAGUAGAACGAUCCAUUGGCUGGAGGGAACUGGAAAAAAAAGUUGCGAGCAGGCGGAAUGAGAAGCUAAGGAGGCUCUUUGCAGAUGAAGUGCCGGUUGCAAAAGCGGGGCUUGCCGUCUUGGCGGUAGGCAAAGGAACCGCGAUCGUUUCGACGCUUUCGGACUUCAUGCCUUCCAGACCUGUUGUGCAGCCGACCUACGAGGGAUGUCUGGUUCAGAAGAGAUACCACCUGCUUGAUGCCCACCGGGGCUACUGCAAACCCGACAGCACUCUUGUUGUGAACUCGGGAGACAGAGUCUGCGUGUUUAUCACAGUAACUUUUAAGAGUACUGCAAAGCUAAUAACCGUUCGCGAUUGGUUGCCUGCCGGUUUGCAACCACUUGACGAAGUUGCAGAAGGCUUCUCCCCUCAGAGCCUAACUCCGAUUCCGCGCGAUCAGGCGGCUGAUUGCGCUGUGACCACACCCUUCUUAGAAGGCCACUGCAAAAAAUAUAUCCGUGGACAGGCGAUUGAGUGGGUUUGUGAGUCGCUGCCGCCGGGAACUCACUCCUUCGCCGUGCUGGCCUCCGCCAACUUCCCAGGUUUCUACGAAGUGUCGCUGUCUACUGCCUUUGUGUACGUGCUGGCCCGGCGUUCAGUCCCCGGGGACCAGGCCGGUAGUACAAGCUUUUCCCGUACUUUGCAGGGAACAAGCGGCGCGGCACACAAGGCCUUCGCCGUCCUCCCCAUAAACCACGGAACAGAGGACGUGCUGACGAUGAAACAAAUAGAUCCGUUCACGAUAGCAGGAUUGCCGACGCCUCCAUUAUGGUUCCUUGAAGGUCGUCCGAAAAUCUGCCCGACAUGCGAACUUGGGACAGUGUGCUCUCCCGCGUUGGGUGAAUGCGUUUCUGAGGGAUUCUGA